AUGACAGUCGGCCCCGAUUUGAUGAUCGACCCUCCCUCGCCGGACGGGCCCGAGCCCGGAGAGCUCCUCUGCGCCCCGACCACGAGCGAUAUGGCGUCCCAACAGCCGCAUCCCUCGAAUGUGCAGGCAUCCCCCCGAUCGCACCCGCCUCCUCCGAACCCGCCGUUUGUCUUCCCCGCACGGCCAUCGUCCUCUGUACAGUCUUCCUUCUCCAGAGCCACAGGAAGACGGCCGCACUCUGCUAUCGAGCCACGAAACUCGGCUCUAAAAGCAAGCACUGAGGGCGAUAAGCACAUCUCGCGAUCGCCUGCUCUUCCGGCCUUCUCCUUCAAUCCAGGGGCGUCCAUGCCGCCGCCGACAGGUUUAGAAAACAUGUUCCUGAGUCCUCCGCAAUCGCCGUCCGCACCAAAUUCUCCUCGAUUGAUCCCGUCCCGACCUGGCGGCCAUGGACAUCGGAGGGGUGGCAGCGAGUUUGUCGGAGGGAGUAUCCGUGACGGCGAAGCCAUAACCGUCUUCAACAACAGCCCAACUAAACCGGAAAGCGGCAUGGCCUCGCCUCUACUUCAACCGGCUAGACCUCGAAGAGGACACGCUCAUCCUUCGAUCAUCGUCCCGCCGCCCAAUAUCGAUACCAAGGGCAGCAGCGCGCCUGCCAGCCCGGCAGCCGCGGAGCGACUAUUCGACCGGAACAUCGAAGCUCUCGGCAAGACCGUCGAAGCUGAAAAGGCUGCACCCAGCCCCGUGCUCGAAUCCUUUGCCGAUAGUCCCAGCCAUCCGUCACCACAUACCCCGCAGCUCGAGCAGACCCCCAAGGCUGCAGUGCGAAAUAGGGUCGGUUUUUCUGAUACACUAGAGUACAUCCCGAGACCUCUGUCUCUCGUAUCGACCGAUACUUCCAGCACAGUCACCGCACGACCCGGCCACUCUGUUUCGGGGAGCAUCUCCUCCGUCAUUUCCGUUCCGACUUUGGAUCGGGAAGUGAACCCAUCGGUCUCCUCCUCUCAGAAGCUUAGUGGCAGUCGACCUAGCACGGCAGGCGCUGUCAUGGAACGGUCCCAGGGCGCCCAGGAACAGGACCUGGCUGCUAGAUCACCGAGAAGAAGAGGAUCGAUCCCUCUCUUGGGUGCACUCCCUCCUGCUAUUCCGCUCUGCCCAGCCACUCCGAGCCCCACGAGAUCUGCCAAAAAGUGGUCAUUCUUUGGGCGUGAUUCUCUCGCCACGGGCUCGCCGACACGGACGCAGCCUGACAGCCCUCACUCGAUCGCCUCUCAUCUGAGCCUGACAGAACGCAAUUUUGUGGAACGCCCUGUCGAUGUUGUCUGUCAGGGCCCCGGAAACAGCCUAGAGGCGCUCAAGCCUCUCAGCAAGAAGAGAAGCAAGAAGCAGAAGAAGGUCAAGACGUGGGCAGGCUCCAUCUUGUCUCGCAAGAGCAAGUAUCGCCAUGCCAAGCAAAAGCGGCGAGCGCCAACGCCGCCGCCACCGCGACUUUUCGAGCCUGCUGACGAAGUGGAUGACGGUAUUCCUGACAUGUCUCCGGAGCCUGAGGCUCCAGUGUCCAGUCUCCCCGCCGACCAGUCGUCUGAAAAUGGGGACUGGGCGGCGUGGACCUUUCCAAAGCCCGUUGAGACUCAAGAUGAAGACACGUCGUACCCAAUGAUUGACUUGGAUGCGGCUUUAGGUCCCUUCAACACGCCUUUGCCCCGCAAUCCUGAAUGGGAGGCUGCUCAGAGAGCGGGAGGCCUCAUCAAGAAGCAGCUGCACAGCGCCGCUGGCUUGAGCCGAUUCUCUGGACCUGGCAUGCACUAUUACCAUAGACGGGCUGAAAGUGCACCGGAGCUAGUGCCGUUUGAGGGCGGCCGCUUUGGAUUUCGGCGCUUUGGGAGCAGCUCAACAAUGGCUGACGUGUUUGAGGAGGAUGAGGAAGAGGAGGAAGAGGGCUCGACUGGCCUCUCAACUGGUGCGUCAACGCCUGCUGCCGGCACCUCUGCAGCCGAGAAACCCGAAGGAGCAACAAAGUCGGGAGAGGAGGUGCGAACUGCGAGCAACGACCUCGCCCAGUCGAACAGUGCUGAAUCGUCUCCCGCGAAAUCUCAUCAGCACCAGAGCUCCGGAAAUGACAAUUUCCAAAAGAUGGCGUCUGCUGCACUGGACCAUUUGUCGGACUCGGAUUGCACCGAGCCAAUUCUCGUCGAACCCACUCCCCCGUACGUGGCCGAGUGCGGGUCUGCAACUCCUUCUCCCCGCCAUGUGUUCCGCCCCAAGGACUUGGCCCCUGUCGAGGUCAGCCCCCUUAACCUUCCGGCUGCGUCAUUCGGUCCCGUCAGUCCGUGGUCCAUGACCGAGUCGUCGGCUUUUCCCUCUCCCAGGUCGCCAAUGUCGUACGAUGCACAGUGUAUCUCGACAGCUCCGUCCUCCAUCACCGAGGACAAUUUCCAGUCGCUGCUCAUGGGCGAACCCGGACCGGAAGUCCGGAUAUCAGUUGAUGAUAUUCCGUCUCUGACCAGCAGCAACUCGACAAUGACAAGGGAAAGCCUUUUUGCGCAGAAUCCGCAAGCGAGACAUCCGCCGUUGAACGAGCUGCAGAGGCCAGCGUCGUUCACGUCGACUGCUUUUGGGCGGCGGCGUUCAAGCCUGGCGAGUCUCAGCCGCCUGAUCAACAGCUCACACGGGGAGCGGAGCAAAUUGUCGAUUGAGGUUUCAAUGGAUAGCGAGCCGGAAAAGAAGGCCAAGCCCAGCAAGACCAAGCGGCUGAGCCGAAUGAUGCAGUUCUGGAAACCCAAGGAGAGCAACAGCGGGUGA